AGCUCUCUCAUUUCGCCGAUCAUCGCAUAUUGGUGCCACUCCGCCAUUGAAAUUUGCUUCGUCAAUCAUUUAGGAGUUUUGAUUAUCCUAUGGGAUUUUGGCUUGAUUUUCUAUCCUUCUUACUUGCUUGUGUCAAUCCAAGAAGUGUUAGGGAACAUCUCUUCAUUCUAGUGUAAGUUGGAGUUGUCUUUUCAUUUUGAUAGCUUCUUGUUGGCUGGAAAAUGAUGGGUUAUUGUUAGAUUUGAAUUUUAGCUUCUUUUUUUUUGUUUAUGAGAAAAUUUAUGGGCUCUCAUUUGUCUCUGUAAUUUAGGCUUUUAAUUGUUUACUAAUUGCAUUAUGUAUACUUGGAAUGCUAAUUUCAUUUGAGCUAAUUGGUCCUUUUGACGUGGCAACAGUAACCAUCGUUUCUUUUAUCUUUUUCAUUUAAUUAGGGGUUCUGCAACAUUAUAUAGUCAUCUCUUUUUUUUUACAAAAUUCUUUCUUCAUCCUAAAUUUUGAAUCAAGGCAUUAACAACCUCUGUAUUAAUGGAAGUUACUAAUAUAGUUGUUGUGUUCUGUAAUGAUAAAAUGUUCAUAUUCAUUUUUCUAACUUCAUCUUCUAAUGCACUUAUGCUUGUUGUAGUCUUGAAGCAUGACUUACAUGUGUGAUGUAUUAGGAUUUUAUAUUUUAGAUUAUUGAAUUGUUGUCACCAAAUCAAUUAUAUAGCAUGACAUGGGGAUACGCAAAAGUGUUUUGUUUUUUUCUUUUUCGUCUAUGGAUUAAACGAUUAAGAGAUGAAAACAUUUGAUUAAAUGAUUAGGGUCAAUCAACAAUUUUAGAGCCAAAAACCAGUCCUUGGUUAUUUCAUAAUUUAUAUGACAUUUAUUAUGUUAUAUAUGUUUUCACUACAUAAAUGGAUAACAAAAGGAUAUGUUCUUCAAGUGCUUAUGGUUGUUUUAACAUGGAACAAUUGUACUUGCAGUGGGUCAGAGUGGUAGUUCCAUCCCAAGGAUUUUGAUUUAAUCUAUCUAUUCUAGAUUCUUGUGUGUUUGGUUUUGUAUCUUAUUAAGUGUUGUGCUUGUCAUUUAUUUCCAUCCUAAGUUCUUUUUGGAAUAUAAUGUAUGUAAUGCAUUUUUCUUGUAAAUUAGGGUAUUUUUUUGUCAUUAAUUUUCUAAAUGUGUGCAUGCAGUAUGCUUUUCCUCUUUUAACUCUUUUCUUUUUGGAUUUCCUUUAUUUCUUCUUCUAUUUGUGGUUAGAGGCUAGGCAUGGUGGGUAGUUGGGAUUGUAGAUGCUAGGGAACCUUUCUCCAUUGCUUUCUUUUAGCCUUGUACGGAGGUUUUGGUUGUAAAAUUUGGUAGUCUUAUUUCCAAUUUCAUUUUACUACAUUCUUCAUCCAUCGAUAGUUCUAUAAACUUGUUCCUUUGCAAAUUCAAUCCAAACUUUAUUGUGAUUUACUAGACAAGUUAUCGCUGAUAUGGACUAAUAUAAUGUUGCAGAAAAUGAUCAAAGGCAACAGAAAACAUCAAAGGCUAUUGUGGGGCCAAAGAAGUUUGAA